UAGCGGUGGUAGCGCUCGAACCUGGCUCCCGGAAGAGACGGCGCCCAGGACCCUGUGCACUCCUGCACUUCCGCUUUCCGGCCUAGCCAGCACCAGCAAUGACUGCCACUCUCCGCCCCUACCUUAGUGCCGUGCGGGCCACGCUGCAGGCUGCACUUUGCCUGGAGAAUUUUUCCUCCCAGGUUGUGGAGAGGCACAACAAGCCAGAAGUGGAAGUCAGGAGUAGCAAAGAACUCCUGUUACAACCUGUGACUAUCAGCAGGAAUGAGAAGGAAAAGGUUCUGAUCGAGGGUUCUAUCAACUCUGUUAGAGUCAGCAUUGCUGUGAAACAGGCUGAUGAAAUUGAGAAGAUCCUUUGCCACAAGUUCAUGCGCUUCAUGAUGAUGAGAGCAGAGAACUUCUUCAUCUUGCGCAGGAAACCUGUGGAGGGUUAUGAUAUCAGUUUCCUGAUCACAAACUUUCAUACAGAGCAAAUGUACAAACAUAAACUGGUGGACUUUGUGAUCCACUUUAUGGAGGAGAUUGACAAGGAGAUCAGUGAAAUGAAGCUGUCGGUCAAUGCUCGUGCUCGUAUUGUGGCAGAGGAGUUCCUCAAGAAUUUUUAGAGCAUCUGACUGGAUGUCUCAGCUUCUCCUUCUCUCAUCCUCUCCUAUCUCUGCAAAGCUGCCCUGGUGGAACUCGGAAGAAUGCUGGGGCGAGGGGAGGAGCAGGGUUGGGGAUGUAGGGCCCGGGAUGGAGAGCUUGCUAAGAGAAAACGGCAGUAGACCUGCAAGGCUGCACCCAGUGGGUCCACCUGGCCAUUAAUGUUCAGUCCCCUGGGCUGGGACAGGUUUUUUUUUUUAAAUGUCUUGAAAUUUAAAACUCUGUGCUUGUA